AUGUCUGGCAGGCUAGAUCAAUCUCUCGACUCUAUUAUUGAUAGCCAGAAGAAGGCGAAGCGCGAGGCUCGCCGCCGCAAUGUCGGAAAGUCAACUGGCUCAACUGCUCCAGUCGGCGGUGUCAAGAAAGCAACCAAACCAGUAAAGUCCGCCAUCAAACCUUCGGCCGGCGCUGCAUCUCAAUCCCGCCCCAGCAAGAUCGUUGUCAGUGGAUUGCCAUUCGACGUCAACGAAGCCCAGAUCAAGGAAUACUUCGGCAAGUCCGUAGGCAACGUUAAGAAGGUCUCUUUGCAGUACAAUCAGAAUGGUCAGAGCCGUGGUAUUGCCGACAUUAUCUUCUCGAAGCCCGACUCUGCUGCCAAAGCUGCCAAAGAUCUCAACGGAAUGCUGGUGGACAAGCGACCAAUGAAGGCAAGCACGACUACUAUCCGCACCAUAGAUGGACCUCUCCUGACCUCGACUAGAUUGAACGCCAACCCCAAGGCUCAGCCGAAGUCUGCCACAGCAACGAAGAAGGUGACCGGAAAAGAUGGCGUCAAGGGAAGAUCGGCCGGCAAACCCGGAAAGCCAAAGCGUGGACGAAACCCUCGAGCCAAACCCAAGACCGCUGAAGAACUCGACGCCGAGAUGACUGACUAUUGGGGCGGCAAUAACCCGUCCGCUGUGGGCACGACCGCCGAAGCAGCCACCAACGGUUCUGCUCCCGCAGCCAACACCGGCGAUGACAUGGGCAUGGAAGAGAUUUCAGUGAGCGACGUCGAAUUCAUCUGCUGA